GAGACGAGUUCUACUACCCUCUCCACCAUCCCUCCCUCUGUCGAGGCGAAGAUUUGUCAGGCUUGGAGUGAAUGGACGAGCUGUAGUUCCCUCUGCGGUAAGGGCCUGCGCAAACGAGCUCGGAUCUGCGAGCGAUCGCUUCUUCCGGUCAGUGUGACACCGGGGCUGGCCCCGGGAGACACGACGGCGAGUAUGACAGAGGAGGAGUCGGGUCUGAAUCACAAUGAAGUGGAAGAAGAGGAGGAGGCCUGUACCUCCAGUUCCUGCUACUGUCUGUUGACGACAGAACGUCUGCAAGCGGCAUUCGAUCUCUCGCCUCAGCGCAUCAAUCAAUCCAACAUGGAGUCGCCCGUCAAUUUGAGCGCCUAUGAUGUUGGCAGCAGUCGGGAGCAACUUGAAGGGAUGAUAGAGUUGAAGAGCGGCGUAGUCGACUGGGGUACGGUGUGGAUAGAGUUAGACGGCUCCUGGGGCUUGACCCACCCGAUGGAAGAGGUUCAUGAAGACGACAUUGUGGAGGCGGGUGUGCGUGUGCAAAUCCCAUGCGCCUCAUGCGAGUGCACGGAGCGAGGUCAGCUAAACUGCACCAGGCGAAUCCACUGUCGUAAGUCACAAGACGGAGUACGUUGA